AUGGCUCUCAUCAACAGCAAGUUGGUCCUUUUAUUGGCAAUUUCAGCUCUUAUGGUAUUUGUAGCUGCAAGGGAAGUGCCAGCAGUGAUUCAUUACCCAGGUCACAACUUAGCAGCUCGGAUCAAUGCGGAUGACAGUGCUGGCAUGGUUGAGUGCUGGAAUGCACUAUAUGAGUUACGAUCUUGCACAAACGAGAUUAUACUUUUCUUCAUGGAUGGCGAGAUGUAUCUAGGUCUUGAAUGUUGUAGGGCUAUCCGUAUCAUAACUCGUGAAUGCUGGCCUUCUAUGCUUACUACUGUUGGUUUUACUGCUGAAGAGGGAGACAUCUUACGGGGUCAUUGUGAUGCUCCACACUCGGAAGCACCUCGUUCUUCACCUGUUACCAUGCUUCCUCCGGUAGAUGCUCCUGCUCAGUCACCAUCUAUCUCAGGACCAAGUACUGCCCCAAUGGUGGUUGGGUAG